AUGGAGAUAGAGGAGUUGGAUUAUGUGUUGGUGCCUGUUGGUAUUUUGGUGUUGUUAAUGUAUCAUGUUUGGCUUCUCUAUACUAUACUCCGACAGCCAUCUAGUACUGUUAUUGGUUUGAAUGCUCAGACUCGUUACCAGUGGAUUCUUUUCAUGAUGUCUGAUCCGUUGAAAAACGGUGUUUUGGCAGUUCAAACGAUUCGCAACAAUAUAAUGGCGUCAACUCUUCUAGCUACAACAGCGAUCACACUAAGUUCACUUAUUGGAGUUUUUGCCAGCAAUGACUCAGAAACCAAACUAGUCUAUGGCAACAAAACUUCUCUAAACUCGUCGAUAAAACGCCUUUCUAUCUCGCUAUGUUUCCUCGUUGCGUUUCUAUGUAAUAUGCAAUCUAUAAGAUACUAUGCACAUGUGAGUUUCUUAAUCACCACACCCGCAAUCAAAGGCAAAAAGGAUUUCACUGAAUACGUUGCGAGAACAUUGAACCGCGGAAGUUAUUCUUGGUCUCUCGGCUUAAGAGCUUUCUACUUGUCGAUUCCUCUAGUCCUAUGGAUUUAUGGUCCAAUACCUAUGUUUGUUUGUUCUUGCUUCACAUCAUUUCUUUUGUACUUCUUGGAUACAACAACUCAAAUCACAAGAGAUCUUCACAAUAAGUCGUUUAGAGAUAAGGAAAGUAGUACUCAGGAAGUGGAUGCAGCAGCAUAG